AUGCAACUGGCCACAUCUUCUAGAAAGGAGCAGCAGGAAAAAGAAGCCAUGCAUAAAGUUCGUAUGAACGGAUUUGCAGAGCAUAGUACGGCCAAAGUUCCAGAAACAGCGGGUAAAGCUGCGGAGCCGAAAAAGGAGUAUAAUUGGAGAGCAAAACGACCGAUAGUAGUGAAGCGACGAGUAUCACCACAGGAAAGUUCAACAAGUGAAAGCCGUCGAUCAAGUAAUCAGAGCAAUCGCAGCCCACCAAGGAAUGAUAGUCUAUGCGAUCGCAGAGUGCUGGUUCGUCGCGGCAGUGGCUCUGCGGUGGUUCGACGUUCAAUCACACAGCAACUGUCGCCUUCCACAGUUCCAACAACCACACUUCGUCCUUUCGCACAAGGGGUACAUUUUGGGACAAAACAAUCUUGCACUUUUAAUGGGCCAUUUUGGUUGCAGCUUGAUGGGUAGCU